AUGUUGCACACGCAGGUUAUGAACCUCCUGGAGUGGGUGUCCACGAAAAUUAAGGGGGCCAGCAACGAAAACAGAAUAUACCUCAUCUCUAACUUUGAAGUUAAAAAGGAAAACCAUGAGAUGUACAUAAAGAAAGCUCAAGAGAAGCUGAAGGAAGAAGACCUCAACAUAGACCUAAUAUAUGGAAAAAAACACAGAAAUGAAAUAAGAACAGCAAAAUAUAAGGUGUAUAGCUUCCUGCCUCUAAUCGUAUUUUUUCAAUUCUUACGUUUGGGUAAUUUAUAUUUUCUGUCCAUCUCCAUGCUACAACUAAUCCCUGAAAUUACAGACUCCAAGGGAAUGCCCACCUACCUCAUCCCACUUGUCUUCAUAAUCGUUGUGGCUAUGAUCAAAGAAUUUUUUGAAGACCUACAAAGGCAUAAAUCGGACAAUGAAGAAAACAGUAAGAAGACCAUGGUUUUUCAUGAAGGCAUUUUGAAGGAAAAAAAAUGGGCAGAUGUAAAGGAUGGAGAUGUUGUUAAAAUAUUUUCUUAUGAAUAUUUUCCUGCUGAUUUAAUUAUUCUGAAUUCAUCAAACAAAAAAGGAAUUGUAAAUAUCGAGACGAAGAAUGUAGAUGGAGAAUCUAACGUGAAACAAAAGUAUUGUCUUCCUCAUGUAGUAAAAUACUUCCAGGAUGAUAAUCAUGCUGGGUACUGCCAAGCAGAAUUAAUAAGUGAAAGUCCUAACGAUAACAUUUUUGAGUACAAGGGACACAUGCUCUUUCCUCCUCUUCAAUACAAAAAGGACGGAGGGCAAGUUGUACAUUUUUAUGAUGCAGAUAGGGGUGGCACCAUUUCUGCGGAGGACCAAGCCUGGGGCACAAAAGGGGAAAAAAACACAACGAAAAAAAAUAAUAACACUUAUUAUGAUCAUAGCGGUGAAGAGAAUAGGGAAGGAGUCACCCCUCGAUCUAAUGACAAAGAGGGAUGUGACCAAAUCGAUGCUGCUCCCCCCUGCACAGAACCCACGGUGGUCCAGGUCACCAUCGACAAUGUAGUUCUCAGGGGAACGUCCCUUGUAAACACCAAGUGGAUCUAUGGACUUGUUAUAAACACAGGAAAUAGAACCAAGUUGAUGAAAAAUGCUUCCACCAAGUCAAGGCAAAAAUGGUCUAGAUUAGAAUUCGUGUAUGGGAACCACGUCAUCGUCCUCAUCAUAUGUCAAGUGUUAAUUUCCUUCAUCGUUGCUAUAGCUGGUGUUUUGUGGAUGAGGAGAAAGGGCUACAACUUAUGGUACUUAAAUUUAGGUCAUCAGGCAGAUAGCCUCAAAACAUUUUUUAUAACCAUUGGAUCUAUGAUUCUUCUCUUUGGGUCCUUCAUACCAGUGGACCUACUUUUGAUUUGGGAGGUCGUUCGACUUUUACAAGGUUACCUAAUAAAUUGGGACAACGAUAUGUACAGCGCUAAGAGUGGAAGACACGCCUUAAGCAAAGCUGGUCAGCUACUUGAAGAAAUGGGAAAUGUCACCCACAUUUAUUCAGACAAGACUGGGACACUCACGCAGAACAUUAUGCAAUUGCAGAAUAUUGGUUUGGGAAAUAAGGGCAUUUAUGGGUUUUACGAUUUUAGUAACAUUAAGGAGAAUAUCAUGAGGAGGCGCAGGGAGGGCAGUGAUGACUUCUCGGACCCAUUUGCCCCGGGCAGCGCAAGAAGUAGGGGCAGUGCAGGCAGCAAGAUAAGCGCGGUAAGCGGUGGGGACGAAAUGCCCACCAGGGACAGUGCCAACCCAAACAUCAGCUCCGAGGACGGCAGCAGGGAGUCCUGCGAACUGCCCCCCCUCACGUGGUCCAAGACCUCCGUCAACCCACACAAGGAGAAAAAGAGCCUCAUGCACAGGAAUAGCCUCACCACUGAGCAGGCGGCCACAGAUGUAUACACAGAGGAUGACUUCGAAAGGGGCGAAAACGAUUUUGUUUUCUUCAACAGAAUUCUCUUCGUCAACAAAAUAUACAGCAUCAGAAAUGACGUCCAGGACCAGGUGCACUUCCUCCUACUCGUCUUCAGUCUCUGCCACAGCGCGAUGAUAAGAAAUGUAGACAUUGAUGAGAUGGACGAGGGAGGGGCAGCGACGAACGAGACAGUUGAAGGGGGUGCGGUUUCGGCAGGGGUACCCCCCGUCGCUUCUACCGCCGCUGCAGCAGCAGUCGCUUCCCGUGCGUCAUCCAGUGAAGGCAACCCGGAGAAGACCAAGAUAUUCGACCGAGAAACCAUGAUCAACUACACGUAUCUCACACAGCCACAGCCGCAGUACGACGCCAGCUCACCGGACGAGUUGGCCCUGAUAAGUACGGCCCUCUACCUGGGAUGCGAAUUCGUGAAUAGACCUAACCUAACGACCAUCGAAAUUGAGUUGACGUCCACCUUCGCCCAGAGGUUCAUCCUGGGGGAAAAGGCGUACAACGAUUUUCUGCAGAAGAAGGGUUACUAUGAAGACAAUUUUGAUGCGUGCUUCCCGGAGGUGAACUCGCCCAGGGAGAGAAGGAGAGAGUCAAGGAUAAAUGAUGCUGCUGAGAAGGGGUGCGACGAACGGGGGAGUGCUAACCAGGAGAGUCGCGAAGAGGAGGUUGCCGGAGCCCCCUUCCUCAUGUCCAUCCCGAUGAGGAAUAUCUUCUCGCAGAACAGAACCAACCCGAAGGAGGUGACCAAAAGCGAAGGGAAAAAAAGUAACAAGCGGGUGGUUAUCCCUAUACUGGCCUACGAAAUACUUGACGUCUUCGCAUUUGAUAAUGUGAGAAAGCGCAUGUCCCUAAUUGUAAAAAAUGAAAAGAAGGAAAUCUACAUGCUGGUCAAAGGAGCAGACACCAGUGUGUUGAAGCUAGCAGCAAAAAAUCAGGAGCAUAUCGUAGACCACGUGAUGUACCAGCUCAAUGCAUUUGCUACAUCUGGGUUAAGAACCCUCGUAUUGGGAUAUAAACAUUUGACGGAGGAAGAAUUUACGAAAAUGUAUCAGGAUCAUGUGGAGGCGAGAAAAAGGUCAGAGAUGAGUAAAGACCAUGAAGGAUGUUUAGGAAAGUUCUACGAUGAAGCAGAAGAUAAUUUAAUUAUUAUUGGCUGCACAGGGAUUGACGACAAGUUGCAGGACGACGUUCCACAGGUGAUACAGGAUCUGCGAGACGCUGGAAUGACCAUAUGUGUUCUUACAGGAGAUAAAUUAGAAACGGCCAUAAACAUUGGACAUUCAAUUAACAUAUUAAAUAAAGAAACAUACAACGCAGUGUUCACAGAAACAGACCCGAAUGUUUUGUUAGAACAAAUGAUUAUUCAUGAAAAAAACACCAACGCAGCAAAUUUGCUAAAUGUAGACCAUGGAACAAAAUGGUGGAAUAGCGUCAACUGGGAAAAUUUAAAUUUAGAUCUACGAUCAGAAACGAUUUUGAAUUUCAUGAAAACUAAUUUUUAUGGAUCCAUCAACAAGAGCAUCAUAUCAUCUUCUAACAUGUACAAUUUGAAAAAUGAUAAUUCUUUACCAGAACUAGCUAAGCAGGAAAAAAUAUUCAACUCUUUCCUUGAGUCCAGUGAAUCAUUUGCUAACAAUUGUAAUGAUGUGGAAAAGAGCAAAGCUAAAGACAAGGUCCACUACUCACAGUUUUCUAUAACCAUCACUGGAGAAGCAUUAGACGAAAUUAUGAAAAGCAAAAUUUUAAAAAUAAAAUUUUACACUUUAGCUAGAAGUGCAUCUACACUCAUUGCUUGUAGAGUGACACCAAAGCAAAAGUCCCUUUUGGUGAAGGAAAAUUCUGCCUUCAAUCCAAGGGGAACCUCUUUAGCCAUUGGAGAUGGGGCAAAUGAUGUGGGCAUGAUUCUAAUGGCUAAUGUUGGGGUUGGCAUAGCUGGCAAGGAAGGGUUACAAGCAGCCAGGUCAUCAGAUUUUACCAUAAGUGAAUUUAAGUACUUAAAAAAAUUACUCUUCGUCCAUGGAAGGGAAUCUCUAAGGAGGAAUUCCUUUUUAGUGUACUUUUGUAUUUUUCGAAAUGUGAGUUUUUGUCUCUGUUCGAUGGUUUUGAAUUUCUGGACAGGGUACAGUGCCAUAGAUGCGUGGAACCCAUGGACCAAGCAAAUCAUUAACAUCGCUUUUACGUCCCUCCCUGUUAUCUUUUUUGUUGCUCUAGAUAAGCAACUCCCUCAUCGUAUCCUCUUGAAAAAUCCCCUCCUAUACGAGACCUCUCCGUCCACAUUAUGGCCUCUUUACUCGAACAGAAAAAUCGAAUUCUACACAAACAAAAUAAAAAGGGUUUACAAAAACGUUUUCCAUUUUUGCCUGAUCCCUUUUAGAUUCAUUCCCUUCUUUCAAAAGUCCACAAACAAAAUGAAGUCCUGGAUUGGAAAACGAUCAAAACCAGAGAAGUACAGAUCCUAUGGUACUCAUUACCUUUUCGUUUAUUUACUUUUUGCCAUUUGGCUAGCUACAGUAGAAACUAUCAUUAUGCUACACUUUGCCACUGGUCAGGUAGACUCAGUAAUUAAGGACCACCACAAUGUAGAUAUCGACUUCCAUACCUUUUCACAAAUUCUUUACACCCACCACGUCAUAGCAGUCAAUGCAGUCGUUGUACUUUUAACCAACACAUGGUUCGUCAUUUCUCACAUUGUCCUGUGGAUUGAAAUUAUUGCAACUUUCUUUUUUUGGUUCAUCGUAAGUAAUACGAAACUCUUUUUAGAUAUUAUAGGGGCUGAUGAAUUACAUGGCACAUUUGAAAAGGCACACUCUUCAGGAAAUUUUUACCUUUCGAUCCUCGUCUCCCUGUACGCUUCUCUCUUACCUUUGAUUCUACUUAUGACGUACCAGUUCAUGAAGAAACCUACCAUGGAGCAAAUUGUCCUGGAGCAACUCAAGCUGGGUAAGUUUGAAGGUCUCCGGAAGUAUGAAGUUAAGAAACUCGCCUACAUUGACAGCAAGAACAGUUCUCAUGUCUUUUCGCACAAGGGCUUCGCCUUCGCCGUCGAGGCCAAGGAAGCCUUUUGGGGCCUCGUGCAGAAGGCCAUUUACAAAAUUAAAAUUCCCCUCGCCAAGGACGAGGCGGGCUCGGCCAAACUGAGGCGCAAAAAUUGA